AUGGACAGGAUAACGGCAGCUGCUAUGCGCCUGUACCUCUUGAAGCGGAGCCUGGACCAAGCGGACGAUCGGGAUGACGUCCUGGCGAAGAGGUUGAAGAUGGAAGGGCACGAGGCCAUGGAGCGCUUGAAGAUGCUGGCGCUGCUGAAGAGGAAAGAUCUCUCAGGCAUCGAGGUGCCGCACGAGCUGCCGGUGAAGCAGGACGGGGUGAAAGUCUACGAGGAGAAGCUGAACGGGAGCCUGAGGCCCCACGGGGAUGGCAGGACUGCAGGGAGGCCGGGGAAGGAGAACAUCAACGAGGAGCCGGUGGAUAUGAGCGCGAGGAGAAGUGACCAGGACAGGGGCCGAUUAACCCCUUCCCCAGACAUCAUCGUCCUCUCCGACAACGAGGCGUCCAGUCCCCGCUCCAGCUCUCGGAUGGAGGAGCGGCUGAAGGCGGCGAAUCUGGAAAUGUUUAAGGGUAAAAGCAUAGAGGAGCGACAGCAGCUGAUCAAGCAGCUGCGGGAUGAGCUGCGGCUGACCCCGGUUGUCCAGAACGUGGCGUCGAUUGUCCAGCCGUCUCCUGCUCACGUGGGACAGCAGGGACUGUCCAAGCUGCCCUCCAGGCCUGGAGCUCAGGGGGUUGAGCCUCAGAAUUUAAGGACAUUACAGGGUCACAGCGUCAUUAGGUCCGCCACGAACACGACUCUGCCCCACAUGCUCAUGUCGCAGCGUGUGAUCGCUCCCAACCCUGCCCAGCUCCAAGGGCAGCGGGUUCCUCCGAAACCUGGCCUCAUCCGCACGACCACUCCGAGCAUGAAUCCAGCCAUCAACUACCAGCCGCAAUCAAGUUCUUCAGUUCCUUGCCAGCGCACGUCGUCGUCAGCCAUCUAUAUG